AUGAGUCAAAAUGAUAAUUAUUUCCCAUUGUCUUACAACGAUCACAAUCACCCACUCCAGAAGUGGCGUUUACACAGCAACUCCAUGCAUAGCCAACCCCUCAUUAAAAUCGAUUUUGAUCAUAAACCUAAAAUGGUAUAUCAAUUGCCAGAUGUAUUCAUGACAAGUAGACUAAAUUAAUUAAAAGUAACUUAAAUCUUAACAUCUAGCAAUCCUUUUGUGAAAAUCCUAAAAAAAGCAGAAAAGCAAGUAAAGUAAGUUUGAACAGUUUAGAGGUAUCCCCUAAAAUUCCAAAAUUGACUAAAAGCAAAGAACACAAGGACAAAGAACUAUCUGAGCUACAUAAGAGUUACUGUCAAUUUAAGUAUAAUACUAUAAUAAUAUUCCAAAUAGAAAAUCACUCAAUCGAGUUAAGAAAUAACACCUAAUUGCUGAAAAUAAUUGUGAAAUCAAUCCAAUGAAUCCAAACUCAUCCUUUUACUUAAAUGGAGUCAAAUUACCUUACAGUUUGUACGUUAUCAAUAAGAAUCGCUAAAUGGCCAUUACUAAUUUAAUGAAUAAUGCAAGUCCGCAUGCUCAUGAGUAAUCGUAAUAGUAGAUUUAAAUGAUUGACAAUUAAAUCAAAAAAGUUCGUAAUAUUGGCCCUUAUAUCAGGGAUCUAAAAUCAGAGCAAAUAAAAAUUGAAGGAAUACAGGAGUCGAUCUUAUUUGCAAAAUGCGUACUACUCAAUGUUGUGUGUGAACUCCGAUUCCAAGAAGAGGUUAAAGAAGAUUAUACAUCGAUAAUUCCCUCAAGAGUCUCGUUUCUAGCAGUUAUGAACAAAAUUUUAUUAUAUAUAAAUUAAUAUUUGUUAAUUAUGAUUACUUCGCCUAAUCUCAUCGACUCUAAAUUUUAUGAGUUAUAAAAUAGCACUCUUGCAUCCAAAUCAGAUCACGAGGAAUUCAAAUAAAUAUUACUAAGAUUGUGGAUUCAGAUCUCGAAAUCUUUUAAUGAAGACUUUGAAGAAAUCCUGCAAUUGGGCAUCAAUUCAGAUAUACAAGAUGUCAUGAAUGCUAUUUUGAUCAUUGAGGAGGCGAGACUAGAGCAAAUCAAAGUAUGAGGUUAUGUUAUAUUUUAAGUGCGAUAGAUAAUAGAUUUAGCUUCUCGAAGAUGAACUCAAGGCCAUUAAACAAUAAAAUGCCACUCCUUCUGGAAAUGAUGAACUAAGAGAAACGCAAAAAUAGUACAGAGAAUUGAGUGAGCUUGUCAUUUCAUUAAAAUUAUCAAAUGAAGAUAAAGAGCAAUAAAUUUUGGAGUAAACCAAAUUAAACAAAAAACUAUAGGUUGAACUCAAUCUAUUGACAUCUAAAAUCAAUAAUUUAUCAUUAGCUUUGGUUCAAUCUAAGGAAGAAAAAAUCUAGUACAUGGAACAAUCAUAAAAAGAAAUUAAAUUAUUGAUGGAAAAGGAGUUAUAACAAAGCAAAAUGAUUCAGAUUUUACAGAUCCAGAAAAUUGAAUUGGAGAACAUGCUCAAAAAGUCCAGUCAAAGGAAUUCAGUUGAAUCAUCAAAUCACUAAGCCUCUUAAACUUUCAAAGAGGAUGAUCAAGCCAGAAUUCUAAGUUGUUCACCAAGUACGAUUUCACCAUAUUUUAAGGAACCACUCAUAUUGAUAUAUCAAAAAUUGUUUUAUAAAGUCUCUAAAACAAAAAAGCUGAAAUGGUUUCAGGAUAGUCACUUUCACAAAUUCCUUAUAGAUUUGGAAAAUGA